AUGGACCGCAUCCACACGAUAACAAGACUCAUUGAAGUAUCGCGAGAGUACAAAAGACCGCUCUGUUUCACUUUAAUCGAUUUGAAGAAGGUCUUUGACUCAAACGACAUAGAAGCAGUCAUGGAAGAACUUGAUAGUCAAGGAGUCCCUACUCAGUACAUAAGGAUUCUUCGUGAGCUGCACAAAAAUUUCACAACCAAGAUAUCACCAUUCUACAACGAUAUUAACAUUGACAACGUCAUGCGAACACUGGAAUGGGAUAACAUGGAAGUGAAAAUCGAUGGCCGGCAGUUACACUAUCUUCGUUUUGUUGAUGACAUCGUCUUUAUAAAACCAAAGAUUAUCGAAGUGGAACGAAUGCUUGCCGACUUUGAUAGAGCCUGUGGAAAGACUAGUCUUCGACUCAAUCUCACAAAAACGAUGUUCAUGAAGAACGGAUUGGUUUCUCAUACACCACUCACGCUCAACGGAACUAAUGUCUCCAAAUGCUCCAGUUAUAUCUAUUCUAGGUCGGGAAAUCAAUACGAUGAACAACUUAGCUCCAGAGAUGAACAGAAGAAAACGGGAGGCCUGAGAAGCUUUCAAGAGCAUCGAGGUGUAGUGAAGAGGACAAGGAACACCAAACUUUCCCACUUUUUCGACUCAACGGUUCUUCCUGUCCUAACGAAUGCGUCAGAAACCUGGUCGCUGCGUAAGGAGGAUGAUGGUCAUUCAGCGUUAUCGAACGGGGAGUCGAAAGGACGAUGCUAG